AUGGCCGACGAGAAGCUUGUUCAUUUCUUUGACCUAUACUCGGACCAAUCAGGUUCUUCAAAAUCAUGGUCACCCAAUACGCUAAAAACUAGAGUCGUGCUCAACUUCAAGGGCAUUCCCUACACCCAAAGUUGGCACUCUUACCCAGACAUCAAGCCUCUCAUUUCCAGCUUCGGCGUUCCACCCAAUGAAAAAGGCAGACCAUAUACACUCCCAGCAAUUAAGCAUAGCUCCGUUACUUCCCAUCCCAGUGGUGUCGCCAUGGAUUCCCAACUGAUCGCUCUUCAUCUCGACAAGGUGUAUCCCUCCCCACCGCUAUUCCCAUCCGGCAACGCGAGCUAUGCGCUGUUCGUAGCCGUGAGCCAAUUUGUUACUCGCUUGGAACCUGGGUUCCGCCCAUUCAUUAUUCCUCGGGUUCCAGACCACUUAGACCCGCGAGGCGCGAAGUACUUCCACGAGACGCGGGCUGCUGCCCUUGGGAAGCCAUUGUCGCAGGUGCGACCGACAGACCAGGCGACCAUUGAAAGCAAGUGGGAGCUAGUUGAGAGUGAGGCUGCCCCGUUGCUGAAGAUGUUAAAGGGCACGAACGGCAAGAAGGGCCCCUUCUUUGAGGGCGAGCAAGCCGGGUAUGCGGAUUUGGUACUUGCUACUGCUUUCGCGUUUAUUCAGCGUUUUGAUAAGGAGCUUCAUGAAAGGUUCCUCGGCUUGGGGGAUGGCGAGUUCAAAGCUCUCUAUCAAGCUGUAUUGCCUUGGCUGGAGGGGCAAGGGGAGGAGAAGGAUUGGCCAGUCACAGAGACAAUCUCCUAA